GUCGAUGUGCCCCCGAAGCGGAGCGUCGCGACGCCUUUUACCUUUCGGAAAACAUCAGCAUGUUUCAUCUGCAUGUUUGCAUCCUGCGCCGCUCGCCGCCCCGCAUCAAUUCGAUUUUUCGAAAAUAAGGAAUUUUUCUUGUGUUUUUUUGGUAAAGAAAAACAAAGACUUUGUGCGUGUAUGUGUGUGCGUGUUUUGUGGUUUUAAAUUGUUGCCGCAUUAAUAUUUGAACUUUCAUUGAAAUAUGAAUAAUAAUAAUUGGUAUUCAGAUUUAGGUCUCCCAUCAAAACCGAAAACCAUGCUCAACGACUAAAGACCAGCAGAGAGAGAGGAUCCAAAACACAAUUUCGAAUCUGAAAAUGCUAAAUAGGAGAGACACAACGACAAUGAUUAUCUACAGUCAAACCAGCGACGACACGGAAAUCGUGCUCACAUUGGAAUCUUUGACUCAAGCCGGCAUCAUCUUCGUUAUGGCUCUGUCGAUCGUUAUCACUAAUGUGCUGAUCAUCGCUACUUUGGUUAAUUUUAGAGGGCCGUCGGAAGUGAUAAACUGCUAUUUACUGUCGCUGGCCGUAGCUGACCUGCUGUGCGGCGUUAUUGUCGUGCCGUUGUCAGUUUAUCCGGCUAUAAUCAAGGACUGGGUCUACGGGGACGUGCUGUGCCGACUUUUAGGUUAUCUAGAGGUCACCCUUUGGGCAGUGACUGUGUACACUUUCAUGUGGAUCAGCGUCGACCGUUACCUAGCCAUCCGCAAACCGCUCCGCUACGAAACUCUACAAACCAAAACAAGAUGCCAAUGCUGGAUGGCCUUCACCUGGAUCUCAAGCGCAAUGCUAUGCUGUCCACCUUUACUGGGCUUCAACAAACCUUUAUUCGACCGAGACGCUUACGUUUGCAUGCUGGAUUGGGGCAGUAUGGCCGCCUACACAGCCACUUUGUCCAUUUUGAUUUUAGGCCCCAGCUUAAUUACUAUAGUUUAUACUUAUUCAUAUAUUUUUAUGAUGCUGAGGAAAGUUAGGAGCGGGUAUGCAUUCCAUGACAAAGAGUAUGCUACAGCUUUGUCUGAAAAUUUGUCCAAUCCCAGUCACAUGAUGUCAUUCGCUUUAAUUAUAGCUUUUUGGUGCUCUUGGACUCCGUACAUUGGCGUCAAACUUUACGAGUAUUUUACUGGAACCAAAUUCCAAAUACAAUUCUUGCACUUUGGAGUUGUUUGGUUGGGUUUUUUGAAUUCAUUUUGGAAGGCUUUGAUUCUUAUUAUACUAAGUCCCCAAUUCCGUUUCGCUUUGCGGAUAUUUUGCAUGACGAUUUGUUGCAAGUACAAAGGUCGCUUGCAAGCGGAACUGAUGGGCAUGGAAUCGGACGACUGACUAAAAAAGGUCAGGAAUUUUCAAUUGAUGAAUCGGAAGUUUUGCUUUACUGGAUUGGCGAUGCACGAUUUCGAUUUUGUUGUUGGUAAGAUGCGCAGGUACUGGUGCCAACAAUCGACUGCAAAACCUACUAUUGAAGAUGGGGAAAUUAAAAAAUCUAUAUCGAUAUUGUGAUGAUUAUAAAGUAAUGACUGAAUCGUUUUUGUUAUAAGGGAUUUUCAAGGAAUUUUUAGCCAAAUAAUUAGGAUGUUCUUUUUAGAUGAAAUGGUGCUUUUUUCUUAUGUAUCAGACACUUAAAUUUAUGGUAAAAUAAACUUUUCCUUUAUCGAACUGCGAUUAAGUUGAAACUUUUUAUCAAUCAAAAUCAAGUUUCGCUUAGCAGAAAUCAGGCAUACAAAGUCAAUUUAUAUUUUUCAUGGAAAUAAUUAUUCAAUUAAGAUGUUCAAGACACUUUUUUCAUAGUACCCAAUAAACACAUAUAAUCCUAUUUACGUCCCUGCUUAAAGGGGGUGCGCCAAAAAUUAAAGUUUUAGUGUAAAAAAGUCUAAGAAUAACUGUUCAAACCUCGUUAUUUUACGAUAAACCAUCGCUAAGAUAUACCGUCCUAAAGUAUGUGUGACGUCACGGGAGCUUCGUCCAGCCACGCUCCGCAUUGUUCAUUUGUUUGUCCCCGGCACGGGUCAGUCGUUUUUGUUCAAAUUAUUGCAGGUAACACAGGAAAAACAUGUGAAUUCGAUGCACUUCACUAUUUCGUGCAUCGCUUGAACUCUCGUGACGUCAUACGGUGAGAUGCAGUACCUUCAUAGAGCCAUAUCUUCGGUAUUAUUUGUCAUAGAAGGGUGCGGUUUCCACUGUUAUUUUUAAAAAAAAAAUCUCUUUUUUCCUAGAUUAAGUUGUUUUUUUAGCACACAUCACUCCCUUUAAUCAGCACAUCAAACAAAAAUAUAUGUAACUUACUUCCAAUGUCAAUUUAGUGACGUCACGUGCACUUAACCUUGCACAGUAGAUUAAAACCUCGUGAAGUUGGCCACAAGUGAUGUUGCCACAUCAAAAUUGCCAGAAAAGCAUUUUUAAAAGGAAUCGGCUAAUUAUGUCAUUUAAAAACUGGAAAUAUUUGCUAGAAAAUGAGGAUAACUCAAAGCCUCGUAAUCUAAAUCAGUUUUCCCGCUCGAAAACUUUCUGAAAAAACGGAAAAUCCAAAGAAAAACCAGCCAAAAUAACAUUCCAAAGCCUACUUGAUGAAACUUGAGUUUUCGUUACUUACCCCAUUGGAAAACUGGAAAUUUUUGGCAAAAAAUAAAGGAUAUUCAAAGCCUCAUAUUUUAAACUAGUUUUUCCGACUGGAAAAGCGGAAAAAUCUAGGAAAAACUGGAUAAAAUGUAGAUAUGUCAAUCAAAAAAUGACAGACUGUUAAAAGCAAUGUUGCCAAAGAGCAAAAAUUUUUUGUAUCAAAAUUAAAGACAAAUUGUACCAGAUACAGUAAAAAUGUACCAGCUUAUAAUAGGGUGGGGUGACCAUACUUUUUCCUCAAAUGUCACUUCAAAAAUAACAUUCCAAGACCUGUUGGAUUGGAACUCGAAUAAAGUUGGCUAUAAAGUAGUGUUGCCACCUGAAAAAAAAAUAUAUAUAUAUAUAUAUAUAUAUAUAUAUAUAAUUCCCUAAAAAGUUGUUUUUCACUGGGGACAGAAGCCAAAAUUCAAAAAGAAAGAAAGAAAGAAAAACCAAUAUUCAAACCUUGUGAAGUUGGCCACAAGUGAUGUUGCCACAUCAAAACUUCCAGAAAAAGUAUUUUAAAUGGGAUUUUGUUUAUUAUUACAUUUAAAACUGGAAAUUUUUACUAGAAAAUAAAGAAAAACUCAAAGCCUUGUACUUUAAAUUAGUUUUCCCGCUCGAAAACGGCCUGGAGAAGCGAAAAAUUCAAAGAAAAACCAAUCAAAAUAACAUUCCAAAGCCUACUUGAUAAAGUUUGAAUUUUCAUUGCUUACCUCAUUGGAAAAUUGGAAAUUUUUGGCGAAAAAUUAACGAAAUUCAAAGCCUUGUAUUUUAAACCAGUUUUCCCGACUAAAAACCACUUGGAAAAGUGGAAAAUUCAAGGAAAAAACGGAUAAAAUGUGAACAAGUUUAUUAAAAAAUGGCCGACUGUCAAAAGAAAAAGCGACAAAUGACAUUUCAUUACUUUAUUAAAAGCGACAUUGUCACAUCUCACAUAGGCAAAAUAAUGCAAUGGAAACUUACUUUUAACAAAAUUUAAUGACAAUGACAUUCCAAGACCUGUUUGAUAGUGAGUAGGACGAAGAGGGAGAUAAAGUAGGACAUAAUUUACGUCUAAAAAUGGAAGUUUUUGGUAAAAAAAUGAAGCAAAUUCAAAGCCCUGCCCUUAAAACCACCUUUUUCCGAUUAAAAAGUCCCUGGAAAAGCUGAAAAUCCAAAGAAAAACCAACAUUCCAAAGCCUACUUGAUAUAACUAAAGUUUUUCUCACUUUACUCCAUUGGAAAACUGGAAAUUUUACCUCGUGAAGUUGUCACAAGUGGUGUUGUCACAUCAAAACUUCCAGAAAAAGUAUUUUUAAUGGGAUUUUGCUAAUUAUUAUAGCAUUUAAAACUGGAAAUUUUUGCUAGAAAAUGAGGAAAAUUCAAAGCCUCGUACUUUAAAUCAGUUUUCCCGCUCGAAAACGGUGUGGAAAAGCGGAAAAUCCAAAGAAAACAAACAUUCCAAAGCUUGCUUGAUAAAGCUUGAGUUUUCAUUGUUUACCUCAUUGGAAGUCUGGAAAUUUUUAGCGGAAAAUGAAGGAUAUUCAAAACCUCGUAUUUUAAACUAGUUUUCCCGACUGAAAACGGCCUGGAAUAACGGAAAAAUAAAGCUAAAACUGGAUAAAAUGUAAACACGUCAAUUAAAAAAUGGCCGACUGUACCAAAAGAAAAGUAUCAAAUGACAUUUCAUUACAAGGCCUACUUGAUUAAAAGCGAUAUUGCCACAUCUUAAAUAGGAAAAAAAAAAACAACCAAUAUUAAAUGGUUUUUUGUUUUAAAUUUAGUUAAAUAAUCAAUUAAUAAUGUUUAUUAAUUGAUAAGUUCCUAAAAUAAUGCAAUAGAAACUUAUUUAAAAAAAAUAAAUAAUGAAAAUGACAUUUCAAUGUCUGUUUGAUAGUGAGUAAGACAAAGAGGGAGAUAAAGUGGGACAUAAUUUAGAUUUAAAAAUGGGAGUUUCUGGUAAAAAAAUGAAUCAAACUUAAAGCCCUGUCCUUAAAACCACCUUUUUCCGAUUAAAAAAGCCCUGGAAAAGUGGAAAAUCCAAAGAAAACCCAACAUUCUAAAGCCUACUUAAUAAAACUAAAGUUUUUCUCACUUACGCCAUUGGAAAACUGGAAAUGUUUGACACAAAAUGUAGGAAAUCCAAAGCCUCGUAUUUCAAAUCGGUGUUCUUGACUGAAAAAGCCCUGGAAAGUCGGAAAAUUCUAGGAAAAACUGGAUGAAAAUGUAAACUCGUCAAUUAAAAAUGGCCGACUGUCAAAAAUUGCAUCAUUACAAGGCCUACUUACCUUGAGUUCGGUAUUUUGCUCAAAGAUUAGAGUCCUAAUCACGUGACCGGCGAGCGCACAGAGAAGUUAAACGCUGUAUCAGAGCACUAGAAAUUUUAAUAAUCGAAUGAGCAUGCAUCGAGCACACUUUUUAAAUAAACGAACGGUAAUUUCAAACUCGGAGAACUCAGAUUCAAACCUCUUGAAGUUGGCCACAAGUGGUGUUGCCACAUCAACACUUCCAGAAAAGGCAUUUUUAAUGGGAUUUUGCUAAGUAUGGCAUUUAAAACUGGAAAUUUUUGCUAGAAAAUGAGGAAAACUCAAAGUCUUGUACUUUAAAUCAGUUUUCCCAUUCGAAAACGUUUUGGAAAAGCGGAAAAAAAUCGAAAGAAAAACCAGCCAAAAUGAUAUACCUAAGCCUACUUGAUAAAACUUGAGUUUUCAUUGCUUACCUCAUUGGAAAACUGGGAAUUUUUGGCGGAAAAUGAAAUCUGGAUAGACGUUUCAUGGCAAGGUGAUAAUUCGUAGGCAAAAGGGGGUGUCCUCCAACCCAAGGUAGUGUGACUUCAUAACGUCCACCUUCAUUAAUAUUCAAGAAAUAAUUCUGUAGCUGCCUGGGCUAAUUCAAUUGGUCACGCGUGAUUACGCUUUUCGGUAGGUUCCUUUAUAUCCAGAGUAUCAAAUUGCCAAAGUUGAGUAAGUGAAGUGAUGUGUUGAGGGGAGCAUCGUAACAAUCACUGGCCGGUUUAUUCAUCUUCUGAUAAACUGUCAGGUAUGCAAUCUGACGGAUAAAAAUGCAAUCUGUUAUAUCAUUGGUCGGUCAGUUACCUGCCGAAUAAUAGAAUCAUGGAAUGGUAAAUUUAUUUUUCAGAUAGUUACCAGCAAGUUUAUCUAAAGAUGAAUGAACCGGGCCUUGCUGAAUACCUUCCUAACUUCUUCAAUUUUUCUAUCCAAGGGUCCUCAAAUACAGGUGGAACGUCAAAGCAAAUAAUAGGCGUCCAGCUGAUUUAAAGUAAUUUGAAAACAAAAUCCAAAUUCAAGAGCUGGGAAUAGACAAAAAUUGGGAAGAACAAAAUGAGAAAGAAACUUUAAUAAUAAUGUAAUGGAUAUAGGAAAUUGAGGAGAGUUGUUGAAGAGUACGAAUUUGAUUAUUUUUCAUAUUCCAGGCUCUUUGAAUGCCUCUUUGAACUCAUUUAAAAAAAUUUUAAAAGAAAACCCAAAUUCAAGAGCCGGGAACAGACAAAAAUUGAGGAGCACAAAAUGAGAAAGAAAUUUUAAUAAUAAUUGAGAAAGAUAAGGCCGCAAAUAUUUUGUUGCCCAUAUGAUUGCUAGAAGUCCUUUUUCAAUUGUCGAAUAAUCAUACAUUCAACUGGGUUUAAAAGGUUCUAGAUGUGUAUAGAUAAAAUAGCUCCAAUUACAUAGUUCGAGGUAUCGGUUGUCUGUUAAUAAGAAAGGUUUCUUAAAGUCAAGAUAUUAUAUUAUCCAUGCAUACUAUACAUAUUCUAUUCUGUAAUCCUAGUAAUAUAUUAUCCAUCACUCUUUGGAAGGUUGUUGGUGCGUUCCUCAACCCAAAGGAUAUUUUGUUAAAUUCGUAAUGACCAUUUUCAACAUUAAAUGCUAUGUUGAAUAUCGAAUUUUCAUGCAUCUCGACUUGAUGAAAGCCAGAGGCUAGAUCUAGUGUCGUAAAAUAAUUACUACGACCAAGUGAUAUCCGUAAUAUUAGGUAAUGGAUAUCUAUCAUCAAUAGUUUUUUCGUUUAUCUUUCGAUAAUCAACGACCAUUCUCCAUUUUUGUAUGCCUGCGGCAUCUUCUUUCUUAGGUACUCAUUUACUUCUUGUUUAUGCACAUGUGGGUAUCUAUACGUUUUUGUGUGCAUUGGUAUUUCAUCCGUAGUUUUAAUCUCAUGUUUGACUUAAUUGGUAAAUGUCAAUUUUUCAUUUGGCUUGUGGAAAAUUUUAGGAAAAUAUUUAAUUACGUGUUUUAAAGCAUCAAAUUCCUCUGAGUUUAAAUGAUUAAUACGAAGCGACUUAUUUGCAUAUUCAUCACUUUCUAAUAAAGUCAUUUGCUCUAUAUUAAAUAUCUCAAACUGUUCGUCAGCGUAAGGUAAACUUAUUUCCGCUAAGUUGUUUAUGUUAUAUGGGACAAUAUUAGGCUUAUUCAUUAAGUUAUGUACUUCUAGAGCUACUGUCUCGUUUAUAACUGUAGCAAUUGCCGAAGGAAUAUAAUACGUUUUAUUUUUUAUCGGUGGUGUAACUAUUUCAAUGCCAUCAGCUAUAUUUGUAUUGAAAUAACAUACUUGAAUUGAGUUGCUGAGAAUCUCAAAAUUUUGAUUUUCGAAAUCUGUUCUAUAUUGAAACGGAAUUGUUGUUUUAUUAUCAGAAAGAAGCAUAUUAGAAAAAUCUACAUUUAAAUUAUUUUGUUGUAAUGCUUUGAUUCCAAUAAUUCCAUCAAAAUAGUCAUGGAAAUUAUACAUUAUCAUUUCAAUGUUGUUUUGAAUAUUAUAUUCUUGUAAAAUUGGGAUAUUGAUUUUUCCAUACGUUUUUCUUGUACCCAUGCAAGUGGUUAGCUUGUUUCUUGAACUAAUUAUAGAAUUUGAAAAAUAUUCUUCUGCUAUUGAGGGUCUUAUUAAAGAGGCAUGACUUCCUGUGUCAAUUAAUAAUUUACACGGUGGAUAGUCUAUUUGAAUAAAAUAAAAGGCAGUUGGUUGAUUUGAUAAGCAUUUAAAGUUAAUGCUGACUCAUUGCAUCCAAGCCUUGUAACUGAAAAUUUUCGUCUUCAGUUGCGACUUGAUUUUCUUCAAAAUUUGUCUUGUUUUGAUUUUCAGAAGCAGAAAUUGUUCUUAAUUCGGUUGGCGAAUUAGUGACUAUAUUUUGAAUAGCAAUAAUUUCGUUUUCUUUUCGUAAGUGGGGGUGGAGACUACUACAUGUUAUAUUUCUUUUUGUUUGCAUGGAAAGUUCUUGAAUUUUUACAAAUAAUAAUUUUUUUCGUUCAACUUGUUUUCAUAUUGUCUCAUAUGUUCUUACAGUCUAGCAAAUUUAAUUUUGCCGGCGACGUCUGAAGAGCGAAGAGCAGAAAAAUGGUGGACACACAUGGUGAUUGGUGGGUUGUAUCGUGAACGUUGUCAAACUUGUUUUUAUAAACGUAGCGAUAAUGGAUUUGAAUCAUUUGCAGCCAAUCGCUUUAUGGAUGUACUGUCAAAGAUGAGGAGUUGACACACCUGUCAAUUUUUUGUCCGCAUUCUUUUCUUCGGCAAAGGACAUCUCACACUUCUUAUGGAUUUCGGUCACCGACAGAUUUUGUUGAAAUUUUAGUAUAUUAUUUUGGAAGUCGAAAUAAGCAUUUUCUUUCAUUGCACCAACCUUGUAGCGAUACAGGAUGAUAGUAAAAAAUUAGGUCAAAGUUUUUUUUCAAAUAUGUAAUUUAACUCUGCUUAUUAGAAUCAGGCAUUUUUUUGAAUAAAAACAAUACAUAUCCAUAAAAGUGAUAUUUUAUUUUAAUUUCUAGCAUGUACAGGGUAGUCCAAUUUGGACACUUUUCAUAGGAAAAGCUCCAUAACUUUUUGAUUUAUGAAAAUAAUUGAUUUCCGUAAAAACUUUCUUAAUGACUUUUUUUUUAAGCAAAAUCCAGUAACAUUCUCAGUUUUUUUGGUAUUUUGCUAGGAUUUUGAGAUGUUGACCAGAGUCCGAUAUUUUAAAAUAGAACACCCUAUAUUUUAAUAAAUCAGUGGAUAGCUGAUUUCAAUAUUAUAAAGUUUGAUGUUUAAUGAUUUUUGAGAAUGGAAUUAAAAUCUGUGUUUGUCAUAAGAACCAUUAUGUUAGAAAAGGAGUCUGAUGUAAGGAAAAUGAGAAAGGUGUCUUUCUAAUGCCCGUAUUACAUCUGUGUAUUUUCCGUGUAUUUAUUCAUGUAGUUCAGAGUGACAACCGAAAAACUUCAAACGCAACAUAAAUCAGCAUUAUGAAAAAUAAAAUAUUGUUGGCACCCUGAACUACAUGAAUAAAUACACGGAAAAAUACACAGAUGUAAUACGGGCAUAACAGACUGUUUCUUAUCCCAAAAACGGAUGUUUUUUUCUCGAAGACUAUUGGCGAUCAACCUAUGGAACUUUACAUAAUUGAAAUCAGCAAAAGCAGAGCUAUCCAAUGAGUUAUUAAAAUAUAGGGUGUUCUGUUUUAGAAAAACGAACUUUGGCCAAUAUCUCGAAAUUCUGGCAAAAUAUCAGAAAACUGAGAAUAUCACCACCUUGUACAGGGUGUCCCAUCUUGUUGCAUUUCGGGACACCCCUUGUAUCUCGGUUUUCUCAUAACUAAUCGAAAAGGUGACAACGGGUUCUUAUAGAUCUUUCUACGUAGAUUCCAGGCGAAGACAGCUUUUCUCUAGAAGUGAUAGUUUUUGAAUUAUGAACGAAGCAUACGUUUUUUUUCCACCAAAUGAGACAUGCUGUAUAAUAAUAAUUCAUUGGAUAGAUCUGCUCCUGCUAAUUCCAAUGAUAUCAAGUGCGAUAGGUAGGUAGAUAGAUCUCUAUUAUGUCUGUUUUUGUCAAUUUGUCAUAAGAAACAAUGUAUUAGAAGAUGACUUUAUAUCUGUAAGGAAAAUGAGGAAGGUCUCUUUGUAACACAUUGUUUCCUAUGACAAAAACAGAUUCUCGAAAGCUGUUGAAAAUAUACCUAUAUAGGUAGGUACCUAUCAAACUUUAUAUUAUUGAAAUCAGCAAAAGCAGAAUUAGCCAAUGAGGUAGGGUGUCUUAUGUGAAAAAACUUAUAUUUGGCUCAUAAUUUAAAAACUUUCACCUCCCAAACUAACUCCGCCACUGGAAUCUACGUGAGAAGAUCUAUAAAAACCCGUUAUUACCUUUUCAAUCAGUUAUGAGAGAACCGAGAUACAAGGGGUGUCCCAAAAUGCAACAUUUUCAAAAACAAUUUGUAUCUGAAAAACAAUAAGGGCGAUGACAGUUAUUACCUGUAGUUUCUCGGCGCACCAAUUGUCUCCAGCAUGAACUUGUUAAGUCGCACAAAUAUAAUAUGAUGAUACUGCUCAUCAAUAUGUCUUUAACGAGCCACCCGUCAUUUGAACCGUGCAUUCCAAAAUCAUACAUACAGGUUAUGCGCAGAUUCACAAUUAUCUGCCACUCAGCCUAAUCAUAGUUGACCUGUCCCACAACUAACUAUUCCAAAAUGUUACUAAGCAUAUAUUCCAGCCUGACACGAAGCAUAGGUGGUUAAAUACCGGAAACACAGCAUAGGUACACGACCUGACACAAAGCAUAGGUACACGACCUGACACAAGGCAUAGGCCUCACAAAUACCUGACACAAAGCAUAGGCAAUAAUCACGUUUUUAAAAGAAUAGUACUUAUUAUUAUAAAUAAUUCAAAAGGAAAAGAAAUAGACGCCAAUAAUCCUUACUAGUCGACACCACGAGAAUCAAUCCUCUACCAACUAUGUCUUUCAAACCUUCCCUUUGUUCAGUUUAAAUCCCUCUUUUUUGCUUGCAUUCCACGAGUGAUAUCACUGUUAGGUUUGGUAAACAAACACAGUACUUAGUACAGGCAUCCUUCGUUCAACAAAAAAGUAGCCAGCGUUCGCGAAAACCGCAUAUAUCCAACUCAAAUGGCAACCAAAAUAUCCCUUAUGUACAGGGUGAGUUACUAUAAUUUAACACCCACCUGCAGCCGUAAUUACAAGUAAUAGGUAAAAGGUGUAGAUAAAAAAAUUGUAGCAUUUUAUCUGAACCGCCAGAAUUUUCAAUUAGAUUGAACAAAUUAGUAACGCAAAGUGAAAAAAUAUGUCGAUGUUCACUUUUUUCAAAUGGAAUGCACUUUAUUUUCUUUCAAAUUCUUAAAGUUUUCGUUUUUCUGGUUCAGAUUAUACAUAAUACCUAUGUUAAUGUUUCUUUCAAUAGUUUUGGAAUAAUAUUUGGAGUUUAGUUAUUCAAAGACGUAUUCAGGUAUCAAAAUGUUUUGUGACAAGUGACAGGUAAAUCAAGGUAAAAUAUGUUCAAAAAACUCUAAACUUGAAUUAUUAAACUCCAGAUUUUUCCAAAACUAUUGAAAGAAACAUUACAAUUAAAAUAUGUAUAUAUUCUGAAUCAGAAAAAAGAGAACUUUAAGAAUUUGAAAGAAAAUAAAAGACAUUCCAUUUGAAAAAAAUGAAUAUCGACAUAGUUUUUCAGUUUGUGUUGCUCAUUUCUUCAAUCUAAUUAAAUAUUCUGGCAGUUCAGAUAAAAUGCUACAACUUUUGUAUUUACACCUUUUACCUAUCACCUCUAAUUACGGCUGCAUGUGGGUGUCAAAAUAUGGUGACUCACCCUGUACAGGGUCUGUUCCUUAUAAUAAGUGCAGCUUCUACAACUUAAACAAAAAAAAAAGAAAAAAUUAGGAAAAGAAGUUAAACACUAAAGUUGUAAGGUUUUAUCUCUAUUAUAUCUUUUGCUAAUGUCAUAAUGACAUAAUGACAAACACUUGCAUUUUUUAAAUGGAACACCCUGUAUAUUUUUAGGUAGAAUGAUAGAUUUUUUUCCUCCGAUUCCAAAUAUACCAUAUAUGUUGACAUUUGGUUCAGCUGUUUUUAAGCUUUUUAAGUUUAAAAAUGCAUUUACAUUAACCUGAGGGUGAGGGUUGCUUAAUACAAUUUCGAAACAAGUUGUUCCAUUUAAAAAAUGCAAGUGUUUGUCAUUAUGACAGUUGGCACCUGCCAUUUGCCCAUUUUGACAUGUGCGAAAGACAAUAGAGAUAAAACCCUACAACUUUUGUAUUUAACUUUUUUUUCUGUACUCUGUACAAUCAAAAUGGGACACCCUGUACAUGCUAAAAAUUAAAAUAAUAUCCAUUUUAUGAAAAAAAUUGCCUGAUUUUAUCUACCAAAGUUAAAUUACAAUAUUUCACAGUAAUAAAAAUUGAAAAUCUUUGACCUAAUUUUUUAGUAUCACCCUGUAUCGCUGCGAGGUCGGUGCAAUGAAAGAAAAUGCUUAUUUCGACUUCCAAAAUAAUAUACUAAACUUUCAACAAAAUCUGUCGGUGACUGAAAUCCAUAAGAAGUGUGAGAUGUUCUUUAUAUUUGCCUGACUUUUAAUAAAGUUGUUUUUCAAUUAGGCACUAGCUGACGUCACACACAUAACCUCACCUCCGAAAGAGGGACAAACAAAGCGUUUAAGGACUAUUACACACAUCGGUUAGGCGAUAGCUAUUACGUUACAAAUCACUUUUCGGGGGACAGACAUAUCAUUAACCAAGGUUCCUAAAGUUGAUAGGUUGCCUGGUAAUGGGUAACUUGAUGAGGCAUCUGGGGUACCCUAUGGAGAUUUGCAUUAUGUUCAGGCAUCCCGGAUGACGUCAUGAAGUUAUCAGACAACCUACCUCUCUCAAACAAACUUGACGGCCGUUUUCGCCAACUACAUAUUUAAGAGAAGCCUUAAGUAGUAUUCCUUAAAAUGACAGUUUUCCUAAGUUUUCCAUGGAGAAAUAUCAGUUUGAGGAAUACUUAUCGUUAAGGCUUCCCUAAAAUAGUUGAUGAAAACGGCCAUGAGACAAACAAACGCUUUGUUUGUCCCCCUAUCAAAAAUGAGGUUAUGUGUGUGACGUCAGCUAUUGUCUCUAGCACCACAAGAAAAAUACUCAAAAAAAAACAUGAUAGGGCCCCAAAAUGUUUUUAUCCUAGGUCCUAGGUCCGCCACUGCGGGCCAAACAUCCCCCUAGACGCAAAAUAAUUUUUCCGGGAGUGUAAGCGUGAGGGUACUAUGCAUGCGUUUGAGAGUGAGCGAGAUAUCUAUGUCAACUGAUUUCCGCCUCUUAAACUUACAGUCUAUUCCAGGCUAGAGUAGAAAUGAGAAAUGGGAUUAGGUUUUUUCCAUAAUAGGAAAAACCGUUAUUUACAAAUAACAGUCAAUUGGCCGUCUACCCAACUUAGCGAAUAUACAUACGUUCAUAGUACCUAUAAGUGCUACUCAAUCCCAUAUAUUCUGUCCUUUAGAAAAUAAGUUGUAUCUGGCGGCUCUGGGCUCUUGGACUAAUAGAUAAUUGAUUAUAAAUCAGCAUGGCAAUUGGUUAAUAUAACUUACACAUGAUACAAAUUAAUAAAUAAUAUAAUUUUUAUGUUCAGUACUGUUUAUUUUGGCGGAUACUGUAUUAUAUUCUUGUAAAAUUGAGAAAUUUAUUUUUCCUUGGUUUUUUCCGAAUCCAUAUAAGUUGUAUGGAUACGUAAAUUUUUACCUCAACUUCAUGUAGUUGUGUUUACUGGGUAUAAUGUGAUAAUGAUAAUUAAUUUGAAUUUCAAAUUGCUUUCGAGUUUUUAUAACCAAAACCAUUUCUUAUGUACCUUUAUACUUUAUUGAUUUCCGUUAAAAGAAACUCUGACCCAAUUCUUUUAAUCUAAUUACAGUAUGUACCUACUUGUAUCAAAAAAGCAUCCAAUUCAAAAGUUGUAGGCAAUUAAUGUCAAUUAAAUUAGGUAUAGAAUCUUUUAAAACUUUGCUAAUAAUAUUCUAGCUGAUAUUUGACCCAUUCGGAUUCAAAUCGAGCAUGCAAUUUAAAUCCGAAUAAAGAUUUGGCUACAACACCAAAAAGUAAGCGUUUUAGAAAUAAAAUUUUAAAUAUUUUAAUGUAAGUUUUCAACUACAUAUAACUACCUAAUCUUGGUUUUAAAUUACAUAAUUGCUAAUUGCAAACAGUAGUAACCAAGAAAACAAUCAACUCUGAUUAUUACAAUAGAGUGUUAAUUUUACCUAAUUAUUAACCAAUCAAUUUUGUCUAUUUUUACCACUAUAAAACGAAUCAAAAAAUGUAUAAGAAAAAUCAAUCAAAAAAAGUAGAUGUAAAUAGAUAAGUUGUACAAUGUUAUUACGCCAAUAGAUUUUAAUCUUUUAGCUUUGUAAAUUAGAUUUGGUGUCUUUGUAAGGAGUAUAUAAGCACUAUUAUUAACUUCUUCUGAGGCACAAUUCCUAUAGAGUAUAAGCUUUAGAAAUCGUGAUUUUUACUACAUUAUUAAGUGGCAAUAAAAGUCUUUUUAGUCAAAAAAAAAAAGUGAAAUCUUAUUAACUUUUAAAGGUUGUAGAAAUUUUUCUGCAUAUACAGUGUGUCCCAUUUUUUAUCAAUACACCUUGAUAUCUUAGUUAAUAAUUUUGCGAUUUAAUCCAAAUUUUUGGAGGUAAUUGUAUGUUAGAAAAAUAAAUUAUUUGACAUAGUGAACAUUUUUAUUUACCAUUGAGGAUGCUGAUGCUGAAAUUUUUUUCUAAAAUAAGCCCUAAUAUUUUUUUUCCAAAAAAACAACCCCUUUUUACCCCCCAAAACCGCAUACCAAUGAUAAAUGAAAAUAUUUACUACUUCAUUUUUCUAACAUACAAUUACCUCCAAAAUUUGAAUUAAAUCGCAAUAUUAUUAACUGAGAUAUCGGGAUGUAUUCAUGAAAAGUGAGACACACUGUAUUGUGUCAUGUUGUUAUUUAAGCUGCUCAUCGAUUAUUUUAAAAUGGAAUACAUUUUUUGUAACAUAGGAUUACUAGUUUUCUACUGUUAAAAAUCGUAGCGCGUUAUUAUUAUAAUAUUAAAUUAUGAAAAAAAAAGUUGAAAAAAUUGUAAAAAAAAAAACGUUGUUCCAAAUUAAAAGAUUUUAAAAAUAAAUAAAUAAAAAU